ACACAUACACACACACACACACACACUCAAACAGAGACACAUGCGUAGCUGCAGGAAAAUUUCUGCCUCAUUCGUGGUCCUGUAACGACGUGUACAACAGAGCGACAGCAAAUUCUAACGAAGCACACAGGAAAAAAAGGUGAAAAUCAGUUGAGAAAAAAAAAAAAGAAUAGAAGAAACACUUUACCUGACGCCUGCAACUAAAUGAAUAAUUCACUUGUAUCGGGCGAGACGAACGCGCGUAAAACGCUGAAUAAUUGAUUGAAUAAUCGCAGUCGUAAACAAAAAAGCGCAAAAAUUUCUAACAGCAGGCAGCAGGCAGUGGUAACUCGAGACCAGUGCCAAGGCUAAAUUUUACCCGUGCUGCACGCCACAAACCCCAAAGCCAAUACCACUAACAAAAAAAAAAAAAAAAAAAAAAAACGACAAAAAAAUUACAAAAGAAAAAGCAGAAAUUAGAGCGAAAAAGCAAACUCGCAGUCGCAAUAUCGAUUUGUGUAUAUGUGUGAAAAAUAACAGAAAAGCGCUUACACCCACGCACACACAAGCACACGCAUACGUCAACAAAAAACAACAACAACAACAACAGCAGCAGCAGCAGCAGCAGUAGCAGUAGCGGCAGCAGUUGGUCAGAAGGAACAGUCGCAGCACUUAAGGAAUUACCCCAGGAUCCGCAGGCAUCCGGCGCAAUACGAGUCCUCUCCCACACACACACACAUACACAUACAAACAUCCUCACACUCAUACACAUAUAGCCAGCAGCAGCUGCAACAACAAAGAUAGAGGGAGACAGAGAGAGGAAAGAAUAACCGCAAGAACCUCAAGACUAAGUCACACACAUAAUUAUGGCCGGCGGCGGGGAUCCCAAGUGGCAGAAGGAUGCAGCCGAUCAGAAUUUCGACUACAUGUUCAAGCUCCUCAUCAUCGGCAACUCCAGUGUGGGCAAGACAAGUUUCCUCUUUCGCUACGCGGACGAUAGCUUCACAUCGGCCUUUGUCUCCACCGUGGGCAUCGACUUCAAGGUGAAGACCGUUUUCCGCCACGACAAGCGCGUCAAGCUGCAGAUUUGGGAUACGGCUGGGCAGGAGCGUUACCGCACCAUAACCACAGCCUACUACCGCGGCGCCAUGGGUUUCAUUCUGAUGUAUGAUGUCACCAAUGAGGACAGCUUCAACUCUGUGCAGGACUGGGUGACACAAAUCAAGACGUACUCGUGGGACAACGCUCAGGUCAUAUUGGUGGGCAACAAAUGCGACAUGGAGGACCAGCGCGUCAUAAGCUUCGAGCGCGGACGUCAAUUGGCCGAUCAGCUGGGCGUUGAGUUCUUUGAGACAUCGGCCAAGGAGAAUGUGAAUGUUAAGGCUGUCUUCGAGCGUCUGGUGGAUAUUAUAUGCGACAAGAUGUCCGAGAGCUUAGAUGCAGAUCCAACGUUAGUCGGCGGCAACCAGAAGGGACAGCGCUUGACGGAUCAGCCGCAGGGCACGCCCAAUGCCAAUUGUAAUUGUUAAACGGAGACAAUUAGUCGAAUGUUAUAGACAAAAGAAAACAAAAGAAAAGAAGAAACUAACUAGCCUACACAC